AUGAACCCGUUUGGGAAAUGUAGUGGAUUGGAUGUUGGAGGAUUAUUGAAAAAGACCAGCCUGUACUUAAAAAGGAAAAUGUUGCCAUAUUUGGAAGAAAAAAAGAAGUACAACUAUGAGUUUGCUACAUCCACUUCAUUUCAUGGGGUGCAAAAUAUUGUCCGAACCCCGAGCAAGAUACGCAAGGUGGUAUGGAUGCUAGUGGUUAUGGGCUCCCUUGCCAUCGUCACUUGGCAAGUCUACAAUCGCUUCAUCUAUUAUUUGAGUUGGCCAACCACAACUUCAGUGGUAGUUCAGUAUGUGGAAAAUAUUGAAUUCCCUGCUGUGACUUUUUGUAACUUGAACAGGUUCCAAAUCCAAGCAGUAGCCAACCUCAACAUCAUUUAUUUUCUCUGGAGCAUUGUAUCUGGAGUUCUUCGUGCAUUUGCUCUGGAUGACAAACUAUCUCAGGACCUAAAUGAUUUCUUGAAUGGAAACCAAAACUUCAGCAUUAAAGAGUUUACAAAGAAUAAUGGAUUUUUUCUCAACAACAGUACUUUAUUAGAAUGUGAUUUUUUUGGAAAGCCAUGUUACCCAGAGGACUUCGAACAUGUUUUCACUGAGUAUGGAAACUGCUUUACUUUUAACCACAUUGAUCUUCCAGCAAAGAGAAGAGUGAGUGUCUCUGGAAGAGGCCUAAGUUUAAUUUUUGACAUCAAACAGGCACUCUUCACUGAUGACCCUUCCCUGGGUUUUAUUGAUGCUGGUAUAAUUUACGUUAUCCAUUCACCUAAAGAACCUCCACGGUUUGAUGGCUUGGGCCUGUCCACACCAGUAGGCAUGCAUGCCCACGUUGCAAUCCGCCAACUAAAGACAGUUAUCCAAGAAUACCCUUGGGGAGAGUGCAAUCCUAAUAUCAAACUUCAGUAUCACAAUAUCUACAGUACCUAUGGAUGUGUACAGGAAUGCAAGGCCCAUUACAUACAGGACUGGUGUGGAUGUUUGCCAUUCAUGCUUCCAGGAAAUGGAACAGAAUGUGACCUACUAAAAUCUUACAAAUGUGUUUCUCCUGCAUUAUAUAACAUAGAUAUACUGGGAUUGUGUACAGUAGGCACCCACAAUUCCACUUGCCCUGUCCCUUGUGAAGAAACAGAUUAUCCUUCCACAGUCACCUACUCAAGUUUUGCAAGUGAAAAAGCCUUAAAAUUCCUUUCUACCAAACUGAAGAAAAGUCCAGAUUACAUCAGGCAGAAUCUUGUACAUAUUGACAUUAACUAUCAAGAUCUGAACUACAAAAUGACACAGCAGCAGAAGGCCCUGACUGUAUCCGAGUUGCUUGCUGAAGUUGGUGGCCAACUUGGAUUAUUUUGUGGUGCCAGUAUGAUUACAAUCAUAGAACUCGUUGAGUAUAUUUUCACUAACUUCUGUUGGAUGUGCAUCUUUCUUCUACUGAAAGCACCAGAAAUACCCCAAUGGAGCAUCCCAACUCAGAACCAGAUAGCUAAGAAGGGAAUACAAGAAUGUUGAAAGCUUUACUUUUGACAACCUAACAUGCCCCUCUGUAAAUUGCCUUUGUUUUUAAGAUACUAAAGGACUUUUGGUAUUUAGCCUGAAUUGUGACUAUUCACUCCUUGAAUUUUAUUAUUUAUACGCAACAUAUUUUGGAAAAAAUGGUCAUUAGAAAGUCUCUAUUUCCUUCUCUUAUAAUGACAUAUGUAAAUUUUACCUACCCCAAAAUGCAUUUUAAAGAAUUAAUAUAUAUUUUUAGUGGUUACGCAAUUGAUGUAAAUGGCACAUUGCAGUACUGUCUGUAUGAACUGGUAUAGAGACACAGGAUAUUAUUACAUGUGUUGUGGGGCGCAGCACUGGGUGCUUUAAUUAGAGAGCUAUGCUAAUUAAAUGCACCCGCGCAUCGCAUGUAUCAGUGUCACUGUGCAUCCCCUCACUAAAAAAGGGCGGUGGGGCACUUUGAACUAAAGCUCAUUGAACGUGUUUUAUUUCAAAGGGCCCCACUGCCAUU